ACACCAUGCCACUGUGUGAAGGAGAGCAGCAACUAAGCUGGGAAGGCUACAGGGAGGAGUAAAAAAAAGAAACAGAAGAAGCUUGGCUGUAGUGAUCUGUGUUUAAUUGGUCUGGACUACUGGUGUUCUGUCUUCCUCAUUCCACUAACUAACUGGAGUUUAUAUCUAUUUUUUACAUUUCAGCAACAACUACCACUACAACUACUAUUGCUAUCUCAAUUUUGUUACUGGUUACUGUAUCUUCCCGUGUGCAUGUGUGGAUCUGUUAUAAACAUACAGUACAGUUCUUUACUACUUUCUAGGAACAGCAUACAGAGCAAUUAAACAGAGCUUGGAGCUGAGGAAGGAAAGAAAGAAAGAAAAAAAGAAAUAAAGAAGGCUGUAAAUGAAUUGAAUCCCCCAUCUGUUUCUCUUUUCGUCCUUCUCACCAUUGCCUCUGUGUGUCCAACUGAAGAAAAAAUCAGAGAGCCAGAAUUGAAGCUUUGUUGAAACUGUUAAGCAUCAGAAAUCAAGGAAGUUCCGGUCACCUCUUCAGUCAUUCUGCACUGUGAGUAAUAGUGGUUUAAAAAGAAGAGCCUAGACUACUAGACACUGCCAGCGAGUUCCCUGCAACGGAGGUAGAGAUUCCAGCUACAUGGGCAAACGUUUGGAACAGCAACCAAUGUACCCUCAGUACACAUACUAUUACCCUCACUAUCUCCAGACCAAGCAGUCCUAUGCACCAGCUCCUCACCCCAUGGCUCCCCCCAGUCCCAGCACAAACAGCAGUAACAACAGCAGCUGCAACAGCACCGGAGAGCAGCUGAGCAAAACCAACCUGUACAUCCGAGGCCUUCCGCCCGGCACCACCGACCAGGACCUCAUCAAACUCUGCCAGCCCUAUGGAAAAAUAGUGUCAACAAAGGCCAUCCUAGACAAAAACACAAAUCAGUGCAAAGGUUAUGGCUUUGUAGAUUUCGACAGCCCGGCAGCAGCACAGAAAGCAGUGACGUCUCUCAAAGCCAAUGGAGUGCAGGCGCAGAUGGCAAAGCAACAAGAGCAGGAUCCCACAAACCUGUACAUUUCCAAUCUCCCCAUUUCUAUGGACGAGCAGGAGCUGGAGAACAUGCUCAAGCCUUUUGGUCACGUCAUUUCCACAAGGAUAUUGAGGGAUGCCAACGGGGUCAGCAGAGGGGUCGGGUUCGCCAGAAUGGAGUCCACUGAGAAAUGUGAAGUAGUAAUUCAACACUUUAAUGGAAAAUACCUGAAAACACCACCGGGUGUACCAGCCCCCAGUGAGCCUUUGCUGUGCAAAUUCGCCGACGGUGGGCAAAAGAAACGACAAAAUCAAAGCAAAUACCCCCAGAAUGGAAGGUCGUGGCCCAGAGAAGGAGAGACUGGCAUGGCUUUAACAUAUGAUCCUACAGCCGCUUUGCAGAAUGGAUAUUAUUCAUCACCAUACAGUAUUGCAACAAAUCGAAUGAUUGCACAGACAUCAAUCACGCCGUUCAUUGCUGCUUCUCCUGUUUCAACAUAUCAGGUCCAGAGCACCUCAUGGAUGCCUCAUCAGUCCUAUGUUAUGCAACCAACAGGUGCUGUGAUAACGCCAGCAAUGGACCACACCAUGUCAAUGCCGCCAGCCAGUAUGAUGGGUCCUCUCGCUCAACAGAUGAAUCAUCUGUCUUUGGGUACAACAGGAACAUACAUGACUGCUGCCGCUGCUGCAUCUAUGCAAGGGACGUACAUUCCCCAGUACACUCCUGUGCCUCCAAACGCUGUCCCUGUUGAAGGAGUUGUUACUGAUGCCUCUCCACAGACACUAGCACCUUCAUCACAGGACACCAGCGGACAGCAACAACAGAUACAGGUGGAAAGCACCAAUGAACAUGCACCUGCCUAUUCGUACCAACAGUCGAAUUUUCUGUUUCCUCUCAGAUAAUAACAAGACUGUUCCUCUGAAAACAUUGCCUGAAACCAGGAAACUGCAUUGAAGAGGAAGAAGGCUUCCAGUUUGCACCAAAAGAAAUACUUGUUCAUUUCCUAUCUUGCCCAAUGACAAAAGUGUUGUAACAUACUGUGCAUACUGUACUGUUUUGUACAGCCAGUAAGUGGAUUUGAAUUUUCCAUCAUUUGAAAUUGGUUGAAUUAAAAAAAAUAAUAAUAAUUUGAAUGUGCAGAUAGGUUUCGGCAAUGAUGAGAUUUCUGAAUCGAGAGAGGAAGCGGGUUUUGAAAAGAAAAAAAAAACAAGGUUGUCUUCCUCAGAUAUUAAGCUACUCUUCCUUUUCUUUCUUUUUUUGUGUUUAUUUGUAGUUUUUUAGAAAUGUUUAGGUAAGUCUUUUCUUGAAUCUUUAUUGCCUUAAUUUUAAGGACGUCACACAGUCUUUUCCAAAGUGAGCAGUUCAGCGUCUUGUGAGAAAAAAAAAAUGAAUGAAAGUCACUUGGACCAAUUUAAUGGUUCAAGAUAUUAAUAGAUGUGGAGAGUUGGAAAAGAAGAAAACUAUUAAAUGAGCUGUACAGAUUUAAUAGAAUUUAUUUUCUUCUUUUGAAGAACAUUUUCUUGAUUAUGAAACAAUGGCAACUGACAACUUUUGGAAAAUGAGAAUGGAAUUUGAUUUCCGUCUUUGAUGAGAACAGGAGAAAAAGAAACAGGCGGCUAGGAGUAUUUUACAGUGCUAAAAAAAAAAUGGAAACACUGCAUCAAUGGAAAUGCAGCUAGUCUAUUGCAAAAUGCAGAUUUUUUUAAUUUUACACAGCGUAAACGCUAUUGAUGGCUUUAGUGCUUUUUAUCUGCAGUCUUUUUUUAUGAGCUUUAAAAAGUUUUUGGUCUGCUUUGCUUGUCACAUCACAAAAAAAAAAAAAAAAAAACACAAAAAAUAGCAGUGCAAAACUACAUAGAUAAGAGCUUAUGCUUAAACCGAUUAGUGCAAAAGCAAUACAUAAGAAAUUGUUGACAAUUUCUGUAGUCUUUCUUAGUUGUUGAUCAAAUGCAGCCUAUGGAUGGCCUAUUUUAUACCAAAGAUGAAGUGACACCCUAACGCUGUUGAGAAGAUUGAGGUUUUUUUUUUGUCGUUGUUUUUUUAAUCUUUUUUGACCUACAUGGCCGGACCAGUUCUUACUUUCAUUUAAUGGUU